CAUCCUUUGUCGUUUGGUCGCGCUCUGCAAAAGAGUUAUCACAAAGAUCACCAUCGCCCACCAUUACGCCAAACCAAAAACAACGCGCAGUUUAGCGGCUCGCUGGACGAUCAAAAGUUGUUUCACUCUCCUUUUUGCGGUAACUGGCAGCAUCCUUUGGAAAUUUUAGUUUCAUUUGUCAAUUUGGCAUCUACACAGCAAGACAGUAGACCCCGAAAAAGGAUUCGAACCCGGUUCAGACGGUUUGCCGGGCUAAAUAUUUUGGGUUGUUAUUUGGCAUCACCCCAUCAGUGCCAUCACCCGUGAAUAGCCUCACGUUACUGGUCGAUAAUUGCUUUUCUGUCUCUUCCUUUCCUUUACUCCGUACCUAUUCCAUCCCUCUUUCCGGGUCGGCGUCAGUUCUUUGCUACGUGCACCCCCUGCCUGUGUGUCACUACUAUCACUAGCCCACACCACACUACCAAGCACACCAACACCAAGACCACUCCCGAAAAAAAGGUACAAACCCCUGCUAUUACGUGUCCAUCAUGACGUCCCCCAACGGCAGUUCGUCGUCGUACAAGCGCCAGUCAUCGUUUCUUCUGCUCCAGGGCGAAGAUCAUCCGUUCCCCGUAGCACCUAAGGGAAACAGCGCCCUGGCCAGCCUUAUCCGGUCGCGCGGCUCCUUCACAUCCUCCACUCAUCCCACCGGCCCCCACGACGAGGAGUCCGGUGCCUACGGCGAUGAUGUGGAUGCCGAUGAGCACAAUCGGGCUCGCGAUCAUGAGCGCCGUCUCAGCGCCAUCCUCAACGGCCCGCACAUGCGCUCUAUGCGUCUGAUAGGCAAGAACAACCCCCGUUACCAAUGGGAAAAGUACUGGAAGACCGAGGAGGAGCUCAGCCAGAUGAAGAGGUCCAUCCGGGAGUACUACGAGCGUACCAACUACCUGAUUCAGCAGUACCUUUAUAUUGACAGGCUGCUGGAUUCCAGCCUGCCCCACGAUCUGCUGAAUGAGUAUAAUUAUAUGCCCGCUUCGGCCUUUAGGGGUGUGGAGAUCCCCGAGACCAUCUCGGAGGAGCACAACAGCCACGGGACCCCGAGUACGGAGUCGCUGAGGGGCUCCUCACCUGGCGGCACCGUUAGCGGCAGCGGCAACGGUACGCCGGCGGGCAACCGCAAGGUUAAGCGGACUCCGCAGGAUAUCUACCGGCACACUGAGACUACGCCGCUGCUGAUGUUGCCUGAGGACGACGACGGGAUCGACGAGGUCCACGACCCGGAUGAGGAGACGCCCCUUGUCCAAAAGCACGAUAUUCCAUGGAUCGAGGACGACAACGUCGACAGCACUGCGCCCAUCGUGACCCUGGCUAUCUACAUCAACUUUGCCGCCAACGCCAUCCUCCUGGCUGGUAAGAUCGCCGUCAUCGUCACGGUCCCGUCCGUGUCGGUGCUGGCCAGUUUGGUCGACGCCGCCCUCGACUUUCUGAGUACGGCCAUUGUCUGGGUCACCACCUGGACCAUUACCCAGCAGGAUCAGUACCGGUACCCCGUGGGUCGCAGGAGGCUGGAGCCCAUCGGAGUGCUGGUCUUCUCCAUCAUCAUGUGUACCGCCUUUUGCCAGGUUGCACUUGAGGCCAUCACGCGUUUGAUGAGCGGUGACCACGAAGUAAUCAGCCUCGGAAUCCCGGCCAUCGCCAUCAUGUUCUCCACCAUUGUCAUCAAGGGCAUGUGCUGGUUGUGGUGCCGUCUCGUCAAGAACUCGAGCGUGCAGGCCUUAGCUGCCGAUGCACUUACGGACGUAAUCUUCAACGCAGGCUCGAUUGCAUUCCCGAUUGCUGGGUCGUUUUUGAAGAUCUGGUGGCUCGACGCCCUCGGCGGUCUGCUCCUGUCCCUGGUCGUCAUCAUCAACUGGUCCAGUAAUGCCGGUGAACACAUCAAGAAUCUGGCUGGUUUCUCAGCCACGGCCGACCAGCGCAACAUCCUGCUUUACCUGACCAUGCGUUUCGCCAAGACCAUCAAGCAGAUCCAGGGCUUGCAGGCCUACCACUCGGGCGAUAAGCUCACCGUGGAGGUCGACAUUGUGUUGGACGCCAGCACCAGCCUCAAGGACAGCCACGAUUUAGCUGAGAGCCUGCAAUAUGUCAUCGAAUCCGUCCCCAUCGUCGACAGGGCGUUUGUACACACCGAUUAUGCAACGUACAACCUACCCACGCACAUGCAGCAACAGAGUUAAAAGUGUACCCGGAAGGGAAACCCCAUAAGAUGAGAAAAAAAAGAAAAAAGAAAAAAAGAGGGAGAGGUCCAGCAAGUGGUCGACAGAACUGACGUUGCAACCAGAGAGGAUCGAAUCCUUUAAGAAAAACCAUUAUGCGGUUAUUUGAUAUUGCAUAUCGACUUGCAAGAAAAUAGAAUGGAGGCGACACCGAAAUCGAAACAAGAGCUUGAAGCGAACCGGGAAAUUUAUUGCUUUGCAGGCGCCCCUUGCGAGCCAGCCUGACCUGGCCAUCAUUUGCGUAUCGGGCAGCUGGUAAUUCCCGAAAUUGAGCGCAAGAAAAAAAAGAAAGAAAAACGAAAAAAAGGCGGGGUGUGUGCGUGUGUGUGUUGAACUGGGGUUGGGUGGUAUUCCAUGUUAAACAGACUACUGAUAAUCUUGUGUGCAUCGUCUGCCGUCUCCCUGCAGCAUCAUCAUCAUUGUCGCCAUCAUAUAUAUCAUCAUUGUCAUCAUCAUUUUGAUACCAAAAUCCUUGUAUAUAGUACAUUCUCCUUUCUGUAUCAACAAAACUGUUCUUCUUAUUUGUUUGUUCGAAAUGUAAAAGAAACCAAAAUUGUUUCACGGCGCUGCUGAGAGCCGAUCAG